GAAAUCUUUAUAGUUAAUGACUUAUUAUUUAAAUACUAUGUAUACAUAACUCUUCUGGCUAUUUUAAAUAAUAUUCAUUCAUUUUUAACAAUGUUAUUCUAAUCUCUUAAAACUUAUUGAAGAAAUAAUUGAUUGCUAUGAAAAUAUUAUACAUAGUAUAAAGGCACAUUUUUAUGUGAGGAAAUAAAUUCGUUCAAAUGAAUUUAGCUACAAUAUUUUGCUCUUCUAUUGAAUGAUUACAUUCAGUAGUAAAGGGUUCACACGUGGCUUUAAGACUGAAAAAGAUAAAGUAUAACUGACGUGUCCUUAAUGAAAAACAACGUGGCAUUUACGAGCCAUUGCAAAUUUUUUUCAAUGAUACCUCGCUAACUUAAUGAAAACGAAAUAGUUUGAGAUGCUGUUCGUCACUUGUUGUUCGUAACAUAAUUAUAAGAUAAUUAAAAGUAUUUAUUUUUUAUGAGAAUCUCAUCUGUCAAUUUCUCAUAUAAUCUCAUACAUUUCGUUUUUUGUAUAUGUUAUACAAAUAAAAUUAAGGUUAUAUUGGCAAUGACCACGUCAACGAUAAUACAUUUAUAAUAAGAUACAUUAAUAAUUAAUUUUAUUAUUACGUGAGUGGUUCUUCCGUUUAGAAAUGUUUAUGUUAGUUGAUCAAACGAUCUACGCUGGAACAUUUUAAGAUGUUAAGGAUUAAAAAUUUAACCCUCGCAUAAAAGAAAUAUUUCGUUGGAAAAUAAAGAAAGUGUUCGAGAUCAUUGUUGAUCUCUUAUAUCGUUCUCCAUGGGUACUAGAAGAAAAAUGGAAAAGGACGACAAAGUGGAAGAUGGUGUCCACGAAUCGAAUCACGUACAUGAACGUUCCGAUUUACGAGGUGACGAGACUAACAUAGCUAUUCUUUUAUUUUUAUAUCUGUUACAAGGAAUACCAUUGGGCUUAUGCGGUUCUAUCCCUAUGUUACUUCAGAACAGAAAUGUUUCAUAUCGUCAACAGGCUGAAUUUAGUUUUGUUCAAUGGCCUUUUUCUCUAAAACUAUUUUGGGCACCAAUAGUAGAUUCUGUAUUUUCUCAAAAAUUUGGAAGAAGAAAAACAUGGUUAAUUCCAACACAAUAUUUAAUGGGUUUUUCUAUGCUAUUAUUGUCUACCCAUGUAGAUCAAUGGUUGGGUAAUGAAACUUCAAAACCAAACAUAGGAAUGUUGACCAUAAUAUUUUUUGCUCUAAAUGUAUUAGCUGCAACUCAAGAUAUUGUUGUAGAUGGUUGGGCACUCACUAUGUUAAAAAGAUGUAAUGUGGGAUAUGCAUCUACAUGUAACAGCGUGGGACAAACUGCUGGAUAUUUCAUUGGUUAUGUAUUUUUUAUAGCAUUAGAAUCUGCAGAAUUUUGUAAUACUUACUUAAGAUCCACUCCUUCCAACAAAGGCAUCUUGACCCUGCCUGAUGUUCUUUAUUUCUGGGGUUGGAUAUUUGUAAUUACAACCACUUUAGUUGCAUUGUUUAAACAUGAAGAUUCAGAAAAAAUGCAUAAAGAUGGAGAACUAAAUACAGAUGUCAAACAUGCUUACAGAUUAUUAUGGAACAUUGUUAAAUUACCAUCUAUAAAAAUUAUCAUUAUAUUUUUAUUAACUGCUAAGAUAGGAUUUUCUGCUUGUGAUGCUGUAACAGGUUUAAAAUUGGUAGAAGCUGGUAUACCAAAAGAAAAAUUUGCCCUUAUGGCUGUGCCUAUGAUACCUUUACAAAUAUUACUACCAUUGGCAAUCUCAAAAUAUACAGUAGGUCCAAGACCUAUGGACGUAUACAUAAGAGCUAUGCCUUAUAGGUUAGCUUUUGGACUUGUAGCAGCAUUUUUAGUAUGGUUAACACCAUAUGUUGUAACAGGGGGACAAGUUCCAGCCUAUUAUUUUAUACUUUUAAUAAGUCUGUAUAUGAUACAUCAGAUUUUCACAAGUAGUAUGUUUGUGGCAUCAAUGGCAUUUUUUGCAAAAAUUAGCGAUCCAGCAGUUGGUGGUACUUACAUGACAUUAUUAAAUACUUUAUCUAAUCUUGGAGGUAAUUGGCCAGCAACUGCAGCUCUUUGGUUUGUUGAUCCAUUAACAUUUCGACAAUGCAGCACCGAUUCCUCGAAUGAUUGUAGCACAAUUUCGGAAAGGGAGUUUUGCACGAACACGCACAAUGGUAUUUGCAAUAUGAACUUUGAUGGAUAUUACAUAGAGAGUAUCUUGUGCCUAAUAAUAGGAUUUGCUUGGUUGAGGUGGGGUCGACGAAAAAUGGAUUUGUUACAGACAAGACCGAUAUCAGCUUGGAAAGUUAUUCUUUCAAAGCAGAAUAGAUAACAGUAUUGAAUCCAUUUUGCAACUUGUUGAUACGGUACCUGUAAUUAUUAAGAAAUUGUACAAAUUAAAUUUGAGUAUGUACAUUGAUCGCGUGUGCCCGGGUCUAUUUCCCGCACGUCUAUCAAGUGUUCCAAUUUUAUGAAUGCAAUAUGGACUGAACAUUUUUGCAAUUUC